AUGACUGAAGAACUUAAAGGUCAGAAAACUUUACAGACAAUCAAGUCCGUUCUUUCUAACGAUGCGCCUUCGAUUCAAGACAAAGAAGAUGCGAAUGGGUUGGCAAAUUUAGGAUAUAAGCAAGAAUUCGAUAGGAACUAUGGAUUUUUAUCCACUUUUUCAUUUGCUCUCUCUAUUUCCGGUUUGAUGGGAACAAUUUCAAUUACUUACCUUUAUCCAUUAUGGGCUGGUGGUCCAGCAUGUGCCGUUUGGUGUUGGUUUGUUGGUGCCAUGGGUUGUCUCUGUAUCGCAUGGUCAGUGGCAGAAAUCACUUCAUGUUUCCCAACCUCUGGUGGUAUGUACUAUGUCAUCACCCACGUUGUACCUAAGAAAUACGUUCCACUAGUAUGUUGGAUCGAUGCUUGGCUAUAUUUUACCGGUGCAAUUACAGGGUGCUGUUCCACUGAUUUUGGAGCGGCAACUUUGUUGAUUAAUAUCGUACAAAUGGCUUCCGAUUAUACUUAUACUCCUUCAAGAGGACACAUUACAGCUGUUGCAAUUUUGGUUAUUUUAACACAUGGUGCAAUCAAUUCGUUGCCAGGAUCAGUAUUAUCAAGUGUUACUAAAUACUACUGUAUUGUUAACAUUGGUGCAACAAUUGGCUUAAUUGUAACCUUAUUGGCUAAAUGUCCUGAAUUUAAUACUAGGGAAUAUACAUUUGGCCAAGUUAUCAAUUCGACUGGCUGGGAUGCAGAUGGGUGGGCCUUUUUGUUUGGAUUCUUACAGGUUUCUUGGGUCAUGACCAGUUACGAUGCUACGUCCAGGAUGUCUGAAGAAGUUCACAAUGCAGCUUACAUGACGCCUCUUGCAAUUGCCUCGGCAUUGACUACUACCGCUGUUCUCGGUUGGGUUCUAGUUAUUGUGAUUACGCUAACUAUGGGCACUGAUUUAGAUCGUAUUUUGAACACCGGAUCUGGUCAGCCAAUUGUUGAAAUAUAUCACAUUGCUAUGGGUAAAACCGGUGCUAUUGCAUACUUGUCCUUGUCUUUUGUUGUCCUAUGGUUCUGUGGUGCCGUUGCAAUGUGCUAUACUGCUAGAGGUUUGUGGUCCUUCGCCAGAGAUGGAGGUCUACCAUACUCCAAUUUCUGGUAUAACCUAGACCCAAGAACCAAGGCACCUUUGAGAUGUGUCUGGUUGAUUUGUCUGAUCAACUCGUUACUUGUUUUGAUCAAUUUAGGUUCCACUAUUGCUAUGAAUGCCAUCUUCUCAGCUUGUGCAAUCUGCACAGAUUGGUCUUACAUUAUCGCUAUUUUCUUCUUCAGUUUAAAUAGGGAGAAAAUGGGUGUUCCAAGAGGUCCAUUCCAUAUGGGAAAAUUGUCCAAACCUGUUAUGAUGUAUUCAUGUAUUUGGACCUUAUUUGUCUCGAUUGUUUUUGUGUUUCCUAACUACAUGCCUGUUAACAAGGAGAAUAUGAACUAUACAGUGGUUAUCUUAGGUGCUGUAUUUAUAGGUGCAGGUGGCUGGUAUGCAAUUGAUGCUAAGAAAUGGUUUAUUGGACCAAAGGCUAAUAUUGACGCUGACGAUGAUUCCUCCUACGGAAUCGAGGUUAGAAGUGAAGACUAUGAAAUGGGAUCUGCUGGUUCUGAUCCUGUAAAGUCAAAUAGGAUCAAGGUGGCCAUCAUGGAAAGUCCAGAUAAGGGUAAUUGA